GCCUGCCUAAAUAAGUGUUAAACACACAUAGCGAUAAUAUUAAACAGAAUAGGCUGAAUAGGAUAGUUUUGUAUGUAUGUGUUUGUAUAAUACGGAUAUCUGUGUCCUCAUGACAUUACUAUAGAGCUUUACACUAUAUAGAAUAGGAUUUGGUGUAAAUUCGCGCUCGAUCGAAAUCAUCGUGGUUUGUCAAAAAAACUUCCAAGGAGGAAAACCAUUCGAAGAGUGUUUUUAAAAUAUAUAUUAUCUCAAGUACAUUUGAACGUCCGUUUAGACAAGCGUCAUUCAGUGGCGUCAUCCGGUGAUAAAGAUUCGUCAGUGAAGAGACGACAUGCGGGACGAAAUCGUUAUAAACGGCUAGUGCUAUUGAUUGACUGUGCGAUUGGUUAAAUUAGAAUUAUAUGCAAGUAUGGCUGCUCUGCCGUCACCCACACAGGUGGCUGGAAGCCAUGAAGCUAUCUAUGAGGCUUAUUACAACCAGGUGGAUCCAAAGGGAUAUGGAAGGGUCGAAGCAAUGGAUGCUGCGAGGUUUCUUAAAAAAUCCCAGCUGAGUGAUGUGAUACUCAGCAAAAUAUGGGACAUGGCCGACCCACAGUCUAGGGGUUCACUUGAUAAAACGGGUAUGUUUGUCGCCCUAAAAUUAUGUGCCUUUGCCCAAGCUGGACGCGAAUUGAACAUCGCUAAUUUGAGUCAAGAUAUAGCUCCACCAAAGAUGGGUGACAUUAAACCAGUUAUCAAAAAAAGUCCGGCCGUCCCUCCGCCACCUGUUAUUUCAGCAGUAAACAGUAGUGACUGGUCGAUAAAACCUCAUGAACGCAUUAAAUACGAUCGUUUGUUUGAUGACUUACAGCCAACGAAUGGUUAUAUACCUGGUAAUAAAGUAAAGGGUCUUUUGAUGGAUAGCAAACUGCCUAUGGACACUCUAGGAAAAAUAUGGGAUCUCGCUGAUAUUGACAAAGAUGGAAUGCUGGACAGGCAUGAAUUUGUCGUCGCUAUGCAUCUCGUUUACAAAGCUUUGGAAAAACAUGCGAUUCCAAGUGUUCUGCCGCCGGAAUUGAUGCCACCUGGAAAAAGAAAAGAUGCUCCUCUUAUCGCUGACCUUUCAGCUCCAGCGAUGGUAGCUGCUAAAAUACCGCCUAUACCACCACUACCAAAUGCAUCUGCGAUCAAUAAUUUAGUGGGUUUACAAUCCGUCAAGCCUCCAUCACAGCAACAACCUGUACAAUGGGUCGUCUCAGCAGAAGAUCAAGCUGCUGCAGAUAAAUUAUUUUUACAGGCAGAUAUGGAUAUGGAUGGAUUUGUUUCGGGUACUGAGAUCAAAGAUGUUUUUCUUCAAAGCGGACUCCCACAAUCUAUACUCGCUCAUAUAUGGGCUCUUUGUGAUUUGGGUCAGAGUGGCAAGCUAAACAAAGAACAAUUUGCACUUUCAAUGUGGCUAAUAAAACAAAAGUUAAGAGGAAUCGAUCCUCCUGCUUCACUCAUGCCUGAUAUGAUACCUCCGUCUUUGAGGAAAUUUACUGAUAGUGGAGUAGCAGAGAACAAUAAUGUUGCGACCUAUUCAAAUCCUGAACUGGAUAUGAUCAGUAAAGAUAUCGCGGAUUUAGCUCGUGAGCGGCGCAUAAUGGAACAAGAUAUCGCACAAAAAGAAGCAGAUAUUAAAAUAAAAAAUGGGGAAAUUAAAAGCUUGCAAAGUGAGCUAGAUACUUUAGCUGCUACUUUAAAACAAUUAGAAAAUCAAAGAGGAGAGGCACAAAAGCGACUGAAUGAUUUAAAAACUCAGCGGACUGAAGUAGAAAAAGAAUUAAAUGAAGUCGAACAAGAAAUUCGUAUCCAGCAAGAAAAGGUGGAUAAGCUGUGUCAACAAGCAGAAGAACAAGAGACAGUUUUAAAAUCCCAGGAAGAAGAACUUAAUAGCAAGCGACAAGAAUUAGAGGGUCUACGUCAAGAAGAACAACAGCUUGAGCAGCAACAAAAUAAUAGUCGAGACCAAUUAAAUGAAUUAACUAAAAACCUACAAAAUACUCAGCUUCAAAUAAGCCAAGCAAAAGCUAAAAUUACUGAUUUGGAAGAACAGCAGCGUCAAAUGACCGAUGCUAUUGCGAUUUAUGACUCAGCCUUGGCAGCAGGAGAUCCAAAUCUUGUUCCGGAUACUAGUCUACAAUUUAAUCCGGAAAUAGAUGCACUCGAACUUGAAAAUGAAAACUCAACAAAAGUCAAUGGUUCGAGUGGCGAAAAUCAAGGACCUAACUCGUUUAUAGGAAUGAAUGGAUCAUCAGACGGUUUUGGAAAUCAAAAUGAUCCAUUUUCAUCAAACAAAGCUAAAGAUACAUUCGGAAGUGGUGAAGGUGAUCCAUUCACUAAUUUCGAUGGAAGGACAAUAUCAUCUGGGUUUGCUAGUGAUCCAUUCGCAGCGAAGGGCAAACAGGAUUCAUAUGAUCCAUUUGGUGACAAUAAAAAAAGUGAAAAACCAGCUAUGGAAACUGCAAAAGAUCCCUUCGGAGAUGAUCCUUUCGCAAAUCUUCACGCGCCUACUCGUGCCGAGAGCCCAAGUCCUGCACUCCCACCCAAGAAAGCUAAGCAACCACCACCAAGACCUGCACCACCUCGACCGGCAAGUGGACCAACUGGGCCACUCCGAGCAGCACCUGUUCCUCCCACGCCUUCACCAACACCAGAUCCAUUCUCUAACAGUAACGCAGACCCAUUUGCGGCUCAAAAUGAUAACAACAACGGAAACACCGGUUUUGGUUCAACUGGUUCUGGAUUUGCAGAUUUCGCAAAUUUUGACGCCAAGCCGGACUUACAACCCACGCGAACGGCACCAGCGAGGCCAAUGAGCAGACCACGCGCCACACCAACGCCAAGUCAAAAGUUACCCGACUUUACGGAGGAUCCAUUCAGAGAUUACCGCUAUGAAGAUCCAUUCGAGAUUGCAGAUCCAUUCGCCGACGAAGAUGAUACAAAUGCAAAUACAAAGAAGAGUCCACCAACCAAUGUCACCAAUGGCCGUAAACUUGAUCCAUUUGGAUUAGAGACAACAGCAACAUCAGGCAACAAUUACUCUUUUAAAGAUAAAGAUCCCUUUGACAAGGGCUUUGAUUCUGAUUUUUCAAAAGCAUUUCCCUUAAUUAAAGAAAAUAUUGAUAAAAUGGGUAAUUUUAUGACUGAGACUAAAAAUAAUUCAUUUAAAAGCAUAAAUGAAUUUGACUUUGCAAAUAACAGUAUAACUGAGACAACAAAGCCAAACAAUAAACCUAUUAAUUUUGAUGAAGCUUUUGCACCAAAAAAAACUGACAAAAAUCUCAAUUCUGGUCGAAAUAGCGCUCAGGCAUUCGAUGAUAUGUUUACUCACGAUAAUUCGAAUAUUAAUAAAAAUAAUAACAAUAAUGCUACGUGGAAUGGUCGAAAUAACAACUCUAAAGGACUUACAGAGCAACAACAACUCGCUUGGGCAGCUCAACAAAGUUUGCGGGCUGAAGAAGAAAUAUCGCGGCGCAAAGCUCAAGAAGAAGCCGAUUUUGCUUAUGCGAUUGAGCUCAGUAAGCAGGAGAAUGCAGGAGGAAAAUUUUAAGUUUAAAAUAAUAAAUAAAAAAAAAAAGAAAAAAAAUUGUAUCAAUAAAAGCGAGUCGGUGCUCAAUAAAAAACAACAAAAAAAUUGUUAACACUAGCAUAACAACUUUCUUGUUUUGUGUACUGAUUAUUAAGUACAUUACGAAAAUAAGAUAAUGCGCGUGGCAUGUUAUACUGUCUCUUCUGCCUUCAAUCAGUAUUUAUUCUGUAUUACGCGCCACACGAACUCUAAAUUUAAUUUAUAUAUAUAACUUCAAUUCUUACAUUAUAUGCCUUCCCAAAAAAAUAUUAUUGAUAAAAUAAGAUAUACUAAAAAAAAAUUAAGCACAGAUUAUAACUACGCAUUAUACAAUAAAUUAUAGGAAUAAAAAGUUACGUUAUUUUAUGAAUAUCAGAAAAAAAAAUUAUACUAUUAAUGAGUAUCAUUGUUUUUGGUUAGUUAGUAAGUUACACGUAUAAACUUCAUAUCAGAUUUAACAAAGUACGUAACGAGCAAUAGUUACUUACCGGAAUAUUUAAAAGAUUAUUAGUUGUUAAAAAUAUGUAAAACUUAAAAAUUCCAUGUUUUUAUGUUAUAAGUUUAUAUUAUUCAUACAUUGCUCGAUACGAUCCAAAGACUACGGUGUUCAAGUUGAAAAUAUUAAAAACAAAAAAGAAACAAACCAUUAAGUCAUAAUUAAUUAGUCUAUUUGGUAAAUAUUAUUGUGCGUACUUUUCAGUUAAAUAUAAUUGUUACUUGAUUGCCUUUAUUGUUUGACAAUGAUUGCUACGUAUAUACAUAUACAAUUAUGGUUAUUAAUUUCAGUAUGUUUUUUAAUAUUACUGGAAAAUAGCAGUUUGGAAAUUAGAACGUUUAUUGACUUUAAAUUUGGAAAUCAGGUGAUAAUGUCAUUUGUAAAAUUAGUCGCUAAUUAAUGAUAUUAAUGAAAUUUGCCAAAUGGAAAUUUCAUCAAGUAUUAAUUCAGUCAUUUAUAAAAUAGCGAAAAACAAAAAUUUGCGGUGACGAGAAUUUAAUUGUAAAAUUAGCAGUUUUUAAAUUUCUUAUAACUUUUUAAUGGGUCGGUCGAAUCUGUUCUAAUUUAAAAAAAAAACUAAAUUUAUGGAAGUCCUUUUAGAUGCCUCAAAUUGUUUUUUGAUCCGUCGAUCCAUUCUAGAAUUACGAAAGAUUUAAAAAUGGCUAAUUUUACAAUUCA